CUGGGUACCAGUGGUCGGGAGAGAGGCCGUGGUCCCGACCCUCCGCCUGGCGACCGCGUCGCUGCGACUCCCUCCCCAGCCCGCGGUCCAAAUGGUCCACAGGCGGCAGCGGCGCGGCCCAGGUAGGCCGAGGACGUUGCGCAAGAGGCCCGAGAGGCGAUCUCUCGGCUGCGCGGGAGAAAAGCGCGGAGAGUCCGCCGCGGGAGGGGCGGAGAGGCCCGCGGAGGCGCUGUGCGUGUGGAAGGGGAUGGGGGAGGGGAGGAUUGCCCGUCUCCCUGGCCGCGGCCACAGCCGCAACUCACCCAGCUCCGCCAGACGAGCGCUACCACUGGCAGCAAGAGGAAGAUGGUGGACGCUGCCGCCGCCGAAGAGGAGGAGGAGGGGGCCCGGUGGGUGCCGCGGAGAGGGGGUACGCGCAGGACGUCGGCGUCGCUGCCACAGCCUCUUUUCCUCCUGGGACCAAAUGGCUGCUGCUGACGACACUAUUCUUGGCUUCCGCGCCGCCCUCCUAAUCCUCGUUGCAGCCGCCGCCGCCCUGAGCCCGAAGGUCGCUUGCCGCGUGGGGACCGUGCGACGGCGCGAGACCCCGCAGCCAUCGGCGUGCGGCGGCGGCGCGGGAGCUGGAGAGGGGCCGUGUCACGUGACCCCACUGUUUACCGUUCCGGGGGCCGCGGCCUGCGUCGCUGCCGCGCCUGCGCGCUUUAGGGCCUCGAGCGCCGCGCCUCCGUGGGGCCCCGGGCUGCAGCGCUUCCCGGCGUUGCCGCGCCCCUCCCUGUCUUCGGAGGACGCGGCACCGCCUGCGGGCUUCUAGCUCACACCUCCGGGCCGCCGGGAGGGGCGAAUCAGAGGAGCGCUUUUUCUCGACCGUAGUAAGCACUAAGGCUUCACAGUUAAUAUAAUAUUGAUGCGCAGCUCCCCAACCCCAGAUGUAAACACGAACUGUUUAUCUUAUACCCAAUUCAUGGAAAGGUUAGUAGAAGAAACAACCAGCAUAAUAAUACUGGCAACAGCUAUAACUGCACACAGGACUUAUUGGAAGAUCAGAUUGUAUCAGUAACAUUGAAAACUCCAAAUUAACUUAGGAAAAUUAAAUUUGGUAGGAAAACAAGACAGAGUAAUUGAUAAUGACUAAAACUGACAGUGUAUUUGUAUUUAACUAAAAAAUUAUCAAAGAAGGAAAAGUGAUAAAAUUUGGAUCUUGCAAAACAUUGACCCAAGAAAACUGAGCCUGGCAGAGAUUAAGACCAUGGAAGACAGUAAACAAUGUAGAUACAAAAGUGAAUUUUGAUAUGAAAAAUGCUUGUCAUCACUGAAACAUUGGUCCCUACAGUAAUCAGUAAACUAAAUAUGGAAAAAAAAUUGGAAGAAUUAACCACUAUGAGCAGAAAGUCAAUAAAAAUAUUAAAUUUA